CACAGGCCUCAUCCUCAUCUUCAUCCCCAGCAGCAGCAACAACAACAACAAUCACAACAGCAACAGCCACCGUGCAAAGUCACCCCCACGCACACGCGUCACACACACUGCCACUCACAUUCACACAUUCACAGCCAUGCGCACAAACACCAAGCACCUCUGCUGAGACAGAGACGGGGCUCUUCGGACAUCAUCUUGGGUCAAGGAGGUGACCAUUCUGAGAGUAUUCUCUGGAAAUUCGAUUGCGACCUAGCGGGUGAACCGGACGUAGUAAUCUCUCCACCGCCCCCGCCGCCGCCACCCUCAGCAACGGUGUCGAGGACCACCACUCUUUGACCAAUACUCGAGGAGGUGCCGACAGGUGUACCUGCUCAAAAGGAACUGUCCACGCAGGCCUCAGUAGUCAUCAACGUGGUCGAUCAGAAGGAGACCUGCUUAUAACAUAUAUAGUCGCCGGGGCGAGUUGGUAAACCGCAACGAGGGCCAUCUUGCGCCGACGACGAUGACGACGUGAAGCCGUCGAUCGAUAUUGUAUAAAUGCUGAACAACUGGUCUCAAUUAGAAGACGAAGACGCUGUAACAAGGAUACGUACGUAGUGCUCCGCGUGAUAUAUUCCCGUGACGCGUUUCCGUUCUUGUGCAGACGGAAAUUACGACAGCAUGGAUCAAGUGGUAUGACUAGUCCGACACUCGACGAAUUCGGCGAGGCCGGCUUGCACGAACGACACGUACAUGAUUCCGCGUGUAAGUAUUGAUCGAACUGAUGUCGACGCAAGAACGUACACUCUAAUCGGGAUAAUGGAGACUAUGUAGCUAGCCGUGUGUUGAUAGAAGCGGUAUGACCGAGUGAUCCCCGAAGUCAUCAAGGUAUCAGGUAGACAUUUGCCGAUCCACGAAGACAACGGAAUGUUAUUCGGGGAGCGAAGCGGAUGCCCUCUCUAACUGCCAGUGAUCAUAUGUAUGACUGGUCGGAUCGGGAUUAAAUUGAAAAGUACCGGUGCGGAGAUGUCACGGAUCAAUCGAGAUAAUAGACGCCACAUAGAAAAUGGAAUUCCGCGCGCAACGCCAGAUACGAACGGAAAUCGUUUGAAAUUUCCCGGGGCAAUAGUGGAAUUGAGUGGAAAGCACGCUUGCGUUCGAGUUGUCCAGACCGACCAAGACCGACCGCGGUGCCGCGACACGUGUCGGCGAGCCGACACUGGAGCCGAAUUUUAAGUGAAACAUAUCGAAGCGGAUUUAGAAACUCGGUGAAGCUUGUUAAAGAUCGGUGAAGCUUGUUAAAGAUCGGUCGUCACAUAUAGGAUUGUCCUCCAGCCGCGUUGCGACCCGUACAUCAGGGAGCUACAUGCUGAAACGAACAACAACGGGUAAUGAAACAUCAAGUCAUCUAUUAUCUAUCACGAGGGCUUCACGCAUAUCUGUUGACUGAUCGAUACUGAUAUGUGACUACCUCACAGAGAGUAUUCGCCAUCACGAUAUGGUCGGCACACAUACCCUACGGCAAUGUUCUACGCGCAGUUCUAUAUGUGAACGCCGACAUUAAGUCGAGAUCGCUGACGUAGUCGCACGCGAACGCGAUGACAAAGUCUAUUGGAAUGCAGUUUCCAGUGACAAUAAUUUCGGAUCGCUAUUUUGCUGCGACUGCAACCGUAAUGCUCGCGAAACAAGUAAACCUAACAAAAUCAAUGUAAAAUGUAAUAUUUUACUUCUUGCGAGUUCUCGAUACCGAUCGAAGUUGCGAGACAGACGGAACCAAUAGACAAGUAAAUGAUUGUAGACUACGAACGGCUGAGUAGAGUUUUUACACGCGACGAGAGGUAUAGUGCCAAAUAAUAAACAAAGAUAAAAGAAGUAUCGACGACUGUAUCAUAUGACUCGGACCAAAAUCGAAUUAGUGAUCACUGCCAGAUUUAGCCUAAACAAAUACCAAAGCGUCCAAUCAUUUCGACAGGCAGGGUUUAAAAGUCAACCUAUGAACAGUAGAUGCAGUAGAUGCUUGUUAUUAUGAAAAAUUGGUAGAAUUAAUAACUUAAGUUUACGCUGCAAUAUAAAGAAUAAUUUACAGCGAAAUUUCCAGCUUAAGAAAAGAGUUCUUAAUUCCUCGUCGGGAAGAUUCUUUAAUGUUUGAUCAGGAGAGCAAGGAACGUAAAGUUCAAACCGCAACCGGAUAAAAGAAGUAACGUUGUACAAAUUUUCAUUGAAAUAGCAUAAUAUAGAUAUAUGAAAGUACUUAUAUUGUUGAAAGUUUUUUUGCUCAGAUAUUUUCAUGUCCAAACUCUGCAAUAAAUUCAAAUAUAACAUUGUCUUCCUCCACUCAUCAAAUGUCCCAACAAUUAGCGAUUUGAUGAAAGCAAUGUCCUCUGAAGGAAAUAUUCCAUAAUUUGCAACUGAGAAAUCAGUCAGAAAUUGAGUCGUAAGAUACCUCGAACGAUAAUGGGAGAAGGACACGAUCACCUGAUGGCGUUGUAUUAUAUGCAAGAUGGUACACUAAUUGUUGAAAAGUGAUUUAUAAAUCUUUUGUAUAAAUGUAUGUGUGAUUUAUAAAUGCACUUGAAACAUAAAUAUAUAUGUAAAAAUAUGUAUAUGUAUGUAUACGUCAGCGUAUGUACAUAUUAUACGUACAUAAAUUGUAUGCGUGCGGCACAGAGGACAAAGUCCGCGCGAAGUGCGAACGUGCCAAACGACUUAGUCAUAUUUUGACACGAUCGAAUAGUUUAUUAUCACUGAUGUACGUACAGCGAGUGUUUUUCACGAGGAGAAAGAGAAAGGUAGGGAUAAGCCGAUUAACCUGUUCGACAGUUUUUAGCUAUACACCCCGCGGCGUUUCGUAAUGUGAAUAUAUUAUUAUACGCGUAUACCGCUGUUUGUUGAGAAGAUUACGUCAUGCAGUAAAUUUAUUAAUGCGUUAUUAGCUGUUGGACAAUGUGAAAGUAAGUGUAUAAGUACGUGUACAUGCAAAUAUUUAUCGACGAAACUUUCGUUCCAAAAAGAAUAAAAAAAAAAAAGAAGAAACAGAGAACAAAUAAAAAAAAGAAACGAGGUAAAGAAAUAACGGGAAUUAUACGCGCUCGAAAACGAGCAGUUCCAUACUGCCACUGUGUGCGAUAAGCCGAUACGCGAUACGUUUUUAAUUCGGUACAUUUACCAAUUUUACUGUAACGCGUAUUUCUCGUAUUGUGCCAAUAAUAAUACAAUUAAAAUACGAAUAUUACCUCGCGCGAGUCGUACAGAUCAUUUACGUGACCCGUUGCAGAAUUUAUCGGCGAGUACGACAACUCUUUAUGUCUAUGUCUGCACGUGCGAUACAUAAGUUUUCCAGUCGAGCAAAGCCAAUAUCAUAAGCAUAUGCGAGAGAGACGGGGUUACUUCCAGUGCGCGGGGAAAUCUUUCUGCAGACUUUACACUUUUGUGCGCGCGUCUUUCGAUACUCCUAAGAGCGAUCGAUUGUGUUACGAUACAUUAUGUCGUGUAACAUUAUAUUUCUUUAUUGCGCCGAAACCGAAAAAUUGAUUUCAAACAGCUCAAACUGGACAGUGAGGCUAUGGUAACUCGUCGGUGUGCUGAUAAUCAAAGGCUACCUGUACGAAAAGUGUCUAUGAAUGUCUAUAAGCAACACACGAGAACGACAAAUAUCUGGAUACUUUCUCUACAUCGAAAUAAAAGAUUUGAGUACCUACUGUACAGUAUUUAAUAUUGCAGGGAAUAAACAUUUUCGAUGCUCAUAAAAAAAACAACUUGUACAUGCUUAACAUACUUUUAUCAGUAUAUAAUGAUCAGUAGUAUGAUAAAAGACGUACAUGAUUUUAUUAAAAGAAUACACUUCCAUCUUCUCCCAUAUUAAAUUAAUUUAAGGAAGGGAAAAUAGGAAAAUGUGAAGUAAUAGUUGGACUUUUAAAAAAUAAUUUUGGAAAUUAAUUUUGUGAGACGUGAAAUUGCGAGGCAUAUAUAUAGAAAUAUAAUCGGAGAAUUUUCUUUCAAAAUUUCAGAAUAAAGUUAGAAAAUAGAGUUGUGCAAUUAAUAUAUUUUAUAAUUUCCAUACACACACAAACACAUACUUCAUUUUUUCAUAUUAUGUUUUAAUAAUGCUUAUUUCACUCUCGUGUGAACUUGUGACUCUCCGCAUAACGUUCUACUUCACCAUUCGGUAAUAUUAUCUGUCUUCUCAGUUCUUUUAUAAGUGGCGAACGAUCAAUCUUUCGUUUCAUGAAAGAAUGUUCGCUUCCUGCGACUGCAUGCACGGCUCCGCAGUUAUAUUUUUCUAUCACGGAAAUUUCUGUGUUAGCAUAGCACUUCAUAUAAAAGAUGAAAAGUCAAUAUGACGUUACAUCAAUCAUAAUUAAAUUCUUUACAAAUAUUUCCAAGCAUUCGUAACUUCAAUCGUUUACUCAAAAUCGUCAUCAUUUUAUUUAUGUCAAUUUAUAUUUAUUAUGUACUCAAAUUUUUAACAAAUCUAUUGGCAGGUUAUCUCGAUGACGUGUUUAAUCGAUUUCAACAACCUACGCUGCGGAAAGCGAUUGUAUUCGAUGGAUUUUGAGAAAAUUGUUUUAUCACAAAUCUACGAUCGUAUAUAAUCCGAUAUCCGUGAAACAAAGCAGAUAAAAUAGUUUCUCGAUGAUUGGACGGCUGCACAGCUCUCAAAUUUGAGUAGCGAUAAUAUCAAAUAUUGAAAGCUUUAAUGUUUAGUUCGACGAAUUAACAACUUUAUAUGUAUCUUUCAACACUUUUCAAUUUCUACUUAAUAAAUUUUACAUCUAAGUUAAUAAAUUAUUAUUAACCUCCAUAUUCGUAAAUUAUGUAUUUGUAAUGUUAGCUGAUAUGCUAAUUAUUUAAAAAGACUAUUUGAGAUAAAAACUAAUUAACUUAUACA